AUGGUUAUAAAAUCUUCUAUAAGAGAAGACACAGAGGUGACGGAUUUGUUUACCAUUGACCCUAGCACAGGUGUAUUAUCUGUGAAAGGCAAUCUCUCUGACUCAGAAAAUAAAGUCCACCAAUUUUUUGUUUCUGCCACUGACCAAGGAACUCAGCGCAUGGAAAAUAAUGUCCCUCUUGAAAUUGUUGUUAUGGGAGCUGAAGACAUCCCGCCACGUUUCGACAAAGAAGAAUUUAAACACCAAGUGUUUUAUGUCUCGGAAAAUAGCAUGAGCCAAAGUGAAAUUUGCACCAUCAAGGCUUCAGGACCUGAAGUGCUGGACUAUACACUCCAUUCAGGUUACACAGAAAACACAAAUAAUCCAGCUGCCUUUGCAAUCACUACUGAUGGCAAGGUACGUCUGGUCCGAUCCCUGGAUCGGGAAAUGGUCAAAGACUACACAAUAACAAUUCAAGCCCUUACUCAGACCUCACCACCCUUGGUAGAUCAGGUUGAGCUGUACAUUCGCGUGAACGACAUCAAUGACAAUUCCCCAGAGUUCGAGUCUAACCCAUAUUCCGUAACUGUUGCCGAGAACACCAAGGUAGGAACAGUUCUUGUACAAGUUCACGCUGACGAUAAAGAUGAAGGAGAGAGUGGGAUUGUCUCAUAUAAGUUUUCUGAAGACAUGGUUUUGUACACUGACCGAUUCUCACUGGACGGUCGCAGUGGAGAGUUAAAGCUGAUAUCACCACUUGAUCGAGAAGAAAAGGAAGUAUAUAAUCUGACAAUUAUUGCUGAAGAUCAUGGAGAGACUCCUCUCAUCUCGUACAGCCAGGUCAUUGUAUCAGUGACCGAUGUCAACGAUGAGCGGCCAGUCUUUGGUCAGAAGACGUAUUUGUCUUCGGUCAAUGAAGAUGCCGCUCCAGGAACUGUCAUUAUCACCAUUCAGGCAGAAGAUAAGGAUCUUGGGCGUAACAGCAAGUUAACAUAUCACAUUACUAAAGGAGAUCGCCUUGGACAGUUCAGGAUUAGUAAUAGUGGGGAGAUUAUUGUCAAUAAAGAACUUGACAGAGAGCGCAAAUCCAGAUAUGAACUCAUAGUUACUGUUACAGAUGGAAAGUUUGUUUCAACAACUAGAGUCCGAGUGGAUAUUCUGGACGCAAACGAUAAUGACCCAAUAUGCAAUAAGACAUUUGUCUCCAUUUUUAUAAAAGAAGACGAUGCUCCAUCCACUUUCCUGAAGCUGUUCCGGGCUCAUGACAUUGACGAAAAGAAAACUCGAAACUCUCGUAUUAAAUACCAUCUUAGUGGGAAUAAUUCAGAAAUGUUUAGCAUGGGACUACACACAGGGGUGUUGACUAUUAAAGGUCGUCUUGACCGCGAACAACAAUCAGAAUAUCGACUGCAAGUCCAUGCUGUAGAUGGUGGCGGACGUUCUUGUACAACUGAUGUGCUCAUCAGUAUUAAAGAUGUCAACGACAAUGCUCCACAAUUCUCCAACUCAGUCUACAAAGUUUCUAUUCCAGAAGAUGCCAAAAUCAACACCUUGAUUACAAGACUCUCAGCUAUUGAUAGAGAUGCUGGAAUCAAUAAACAAGUAAAAUUCCGACUGAAGAAUCCUGAUGAUAACUUCUUGAAGAUCGACAUGAACAAUGGCAUUAUUAGUUUAACUAAAACAUUGGACCGUGAAAUUAAAGAAUCUUACAAUGUUACAGUUGUGGCUUACGACAAAGGCUUCCCACGGCUCUCAUCUUCAGCGACUCUGAAUAUAAAACUUUUGGAUGUGAAUGACAAUCCUCCAGAAUUUGAACACACUCUUUACAUGGGAGAUGUGCGUGAGGACAAUGGUGUUGGCACCAGUGUUGUGCGGGUCCUUGCCACAAGUAAAGAUGCUGGGGUAAAUGCAGAGAUAAACUACAGUAUUGUUUCAGGAAAUGAGAAGCAGAGAUUCAGAAUACAUUCCAAAUCAGGUGUAAUAUUUGUAAACAAACCAUUGGACUAUGAAGUAACGAAAGAAUAUUUCCUGACUAUUCAAGCCAUUGAUGGUGGUACACCUCCCUUAAGCAAUACGGCUGUUGUAACAAUUAACGUAACUGAUAUAAAUGACAAUCCUCCACGAUUCGCAGACGAUGUCUACUCCGUACAGAUUCUAGAGUCAGAGCCAGUUGGGAACAGUAGUGUACAGAUUGUGGCCGUUGAUACAGACAGUGCAUCGAAUGCACUAGUGACAUACUCUAUCAGCAGUGGAGAUAUUGCUAACCAAUUUGAUAUUAAUCCCGAACAUGGAAUCCUUGUCAUCAAAACUGCUUUAGACAGAGAAAAGAUCUCCAGUUAUGUUCUUGAGGUUGAAGCUGUGGACAGUGGAUUCCCAACUCUAACAGGAACAGCAACAUUAUCCAUUGAAAUUCUGGACGUUAAUGACAGUCCACCUCGCUUUAGCCAACCAGCAUAUUCAACAACUGUCCAGGAGGAUCGUGAACGUGGUUACAAUAUAAUCAAAUUCGACGUAACAGACGAUGACCUCAAACCUAACGGAGGCCCUUUCUCUUUUGAUAUAAUUUCUGGUCUCGGCCGUGAAAAAUUCCGUAUAGACCACGAUGGCACAUUACGCUCUUUUAGAAACCUUGAUCAGAAAAUCAAGGAUAGAUACGAGCUGACGGUUCGAGCCUACGAUAAUGGCAGUCCACCACUUUACUCUGAUGCUACGGUUACCAUUGAGGUCACAGAGGAAAGCACAGUCCCACCAGAAAUUUCAAACCUAGAAAUUUCCAUCAACUCCUACCAAGACAAAUUCCCAGGUGGGAUAAUCGGCAAAGUUAGCGCUAGGGACGAUGAUAUGCAUGACACGCUAAAAUUCAAGAUCGUCUCUCUGAACUUGCAUCUUUUUGACAUCCACGAAGAUGAUGGUCGGAUCAUAGCCAAACCUGGCCUCGACGCUGGUCGUUAUUUAAUUAAUGUCAGUGUUUCUGAUGGAAAGUAUUCCUCGUAUGGUAGGGUGAUGGUUGACGUUACCGUCAUUACAGAGGAUAUGGUAAAGAACUCUGUGACAAUUCGCCUGGGCAAUGUCCAGCCGGACCAAUUCCUUCGGCGUCACCUCAGGGACUUUCUAAAAGUUUUGAAGAAUGAGAUGUCUAUCCGUAGCAGAGACAUUGAAAUUAUUGGUCUCCAACCCGCUGAUAUGACCAUUGAGGCCCUGACUCGGCCGAAACGUUCUACGUCAGACGACUUGGACGUUUUGUUUGCAGUGAAAAAAUCUCACAACUCGUACAUGCGGGGCAGCCUGCUGAGAAGAAGAGUGCAGAACGCAAUACCUAAAAUUCAGGCUGCCCUCCGUCUGAAGGUGCUCAAAGUCUUCAGUGAUGUAUGCGAGAAAGAUACGUGCGAGAUUGGUACCUGCAUAGGGCUUGUCGAGGUCGAUAAAGAACAUCCUAGUGUUACGGAGAUCGGUGGACGGAGUUUUGUGUCGCUCAAACAUCAACACACUUUUUUUUUUAUAUUCUUUCUUUCUCUCUCACUCUCUCUCCCACCCACUAGCGUGUGUACCCACACUCAACUUGCUUUCUUUCUUUCUCUCUCUCUCAUUCUCUCAGUAACUGUCUAUACAAUCUCGCACAUUAUUUCUCUUUCGCUCCUACUAGUGUGUUCAUAUACAGGCGCGCGCACACACAUUCCACUUGCUUUUGUUCUCUCUCUCUCUCUCUCUCUCUCUCUCUCUCUCUCUCUCUCUCUCUCUCUCUCUGAGAAAUUGUCGGCACAGUCACACACAUUAUUUUCUCUCACGCUCGUUCCCACUAGCGGGUGCACAUACAAGCACCGCCUACUCUCUCUCUCUCCUCUCUCUCUCUCUCUCUCUCUCUCUCUCUCUCUCUCUCUCUUCUUCAUGUUUCUGUGUCCACCUUACAAAGUUUGCAAAGAAACAGAUAUGUCAAUAGCACAGUGCAUAUGUCCAGAGGGCAAGACUGGGAUCUACUGCGAUGAAGAUUCUAGGCCUGAUUGUGCCGAAACAGGUUGUCGACAUGAUAAUAGACCAAUGACAUUUGCUGGGCGUAGCUACGCCCGAUGGACACUGGUGGAUAAACAUGGCUUCGAGAACCGAUUAAGUGUGUCAAUGAAAAUAAAAACACGACAGAAAAACGCAAACCUAAUGUUUGCCAGUGGAACUGUCGACUACAGUAUAUUAGAGCUCUAUAACGGAAUGGUACAAUACAGAUUUGAAUGUGGAAGUGGGGUCGGCCGUGUCCAACUCCCUCGCAAGAUCAGUGAUGGGGACUGGCAUACGAUCUUUGUGGAACGUAUGGGAAACACGGCCACAAUCAACUUGGACGGACGUUACACGGCUUGGUCCAGUGCACCUGGCGAGCAUGACGUCCUCAACUUGGGUAGCAACAACGUCUAUUUUGGAGCCGAAGUGGAGACCUUUCCUAACGGAUUCAGAAACAUUAACAAAGGCUUCGAAGGUUGCAUGGAAGACUUGAGGCUGCACAAUAUCCGACUGCCGUUCACUGACCGGAAUGCAGUCGCCACUUCCCAAGAAUUCCACAAAAUUGAAUUUAACUGCCGAGACAAUGUUUGGGAAAAAGGUGACAGCGAUCCUUGUUCUACUUUCCCCUGCUUGAAUGGAGGUCAAUGCAUUACCACAAGUCGUAACGGUUAUACAUGUGUGUGUGCACCACGUUUCCAAGGAAGCCGAUGCGAAGUUGAUACUAACCCUUGCGCAGAUAACCCUUGCCUCAACGGAGGUACUUGUCGCAACAACCCAGUCCUUCCAAAUGAUUUCUGGUGCAAAUGUGUUGGAGGUUUGAAAGGUCGGCGCUGUGAAUAUGGCUAUUAUUGUGCAACUAACCCUUGCAGAAAUGGUGCCAAUUGUAUUGAAGGACCUGACAAAGCCAUUUGCCAGUGUGUUGGCCAUUAUGAAGGUCCCUUGUGCGAAUAUGAAUCUGACAAGUGUGCCCAAAACCCAUGCAAAAAUGGCGGCACAUGUUACAAUGGCCCAGGCUCCUAUUUCUGCAACUGCAGUUCAGACACCAAGGGCACCCAUUGUGAGGAAAUUCUUUUACCAAACAUUUCAUCCAACAGAUAUGGAAUCACCCAAAAAGAAAUCAUUAUUAUCAUUGGUGCCGUUAGUGGUCUGUUUGUUAUCGUAAUCCUGUUGAUAGGUGUCCGCUUUUGGUAUCAAAAGAAGCAAGCACGGCGUCGACCACCCCAUACACGUUCCCGCUUGGCAGACAAUGUCAUCCUGAACAGCGCUCAUGAUGAGCUGAAGCAGCACAAAUUGAGUAACAAUGAGUUGAACCUGCCACAGAGAUGCCCCAGCCCUCAACCGCCGCCAGUACCGAACCGCCCUGCCUCCUAUACCCCAAGCAACCACGACUCCCUAAACACACUCAACAACUUUGAUGCAGUUCGAAACUACGGCAGCGCGGCUGAUCAGCUGGAGAAUCUGAACAAUAUUCCGGUGUAUACAUUUGACCAUUUGCAGACAUUCAGCCCAUAUCCACGCAAUUGCGCCAGUAUUGCCCCCUCCCUCCCACCACCACCACCCUCCAACUCUGCAUCAGAUACAGAUUCAAUACAAAAACCAAACUGGGACCUUGAUUAUCCAAAUAUACUGGAGAACUAUCCAGAAUGCUAUCACUGGGACACAUCUGAUUGGGCGCCCCAUCCAGCAUUACCCAACAUCAGCGAGCUCCCAGUGAAAGAGGUCCUCGACUCGCCGAGUUCAUCACCGCAGAGUAAUGAUUCAAACACACAUGUCGACCAACCCAACAUGGAGGAUGUGAAUGACGCUGAAAUGGACGAUCAGGAAAACAAUUCCGAAUAUGUUGGAGAUUCAGAAUGCACUGAAAACUUUGAUGAAAUGGAAGAUAAUGAGGACCCAAAUGCUGACUUCCACCCGGUUCCUAACUUCCAGCAAUUCCUUGGAUUGGCCCCACAUAUUGACGAUGAAGACAACCAUCAUGGCCCACAAAACCUCCACCCAAACAUCAUGCCGAACUUUGGUCAAAUACGUCAGAAUGGGGUCCUUGAUAAUUGGCCAGCACCACCAGGAGCCGAGAAUGGUAACGAUCAGAACAGUGAUGAGGAUGAAAAUGGAGAGCCAUACCCCUUGCCUCGUCAUUUUCGACCUCGACUUCCUGUCGACGGUAGUGAUUAUGAGCAUUCAGCAGCGUCCAUGAUUGAUGAUAUGAGUGUGUCCUUUGGCGGCUACACAUCUACCAAUGCCUCUUGUUCAGAUAUCUCUGGACUUUGCGACAUUGAAGACAGCGAGAUGAACCUCAGUGAUGAGAGUGACAUUGAUAUCCAGCCGGCUAAGUUUUCUAGUGCCCAUCUCCACACUCAGGUGUGA